UUUCACUCGGUUUUGCGCAUUUCGUUAAAUUCUUUUUGUUUUCUUUUGUCCUAACCAUUUAUUUUGCAAAAUUUUUAGUUGCAUGCUUCUUGCAUGGCUGCAUUAUAUUUAUAUUAACUUCCUUGACCUGAUUCAAAGUCUGUACUAACAGGUUGUCGUGCUCAAUAAAAUUACAAAUUAAAUGUGGAUUGAAGUAUACUUUGUGCUUUAGAAUUGCAUCAGCUGUUUUGCAGGAACAGAACAGCUUGAAGGUACUCAUUGGGAUAAGUUUGUUGCACCGUCGACAUUGAACCAUAUCAACUACACUCAGGACUACACAAAAUGCCUAUCAACACCCGCGAACUAAUGGAUGCAGUGGGAAUGCUGACGGACCAAAGAAACGUACGAGUCACCGUCAAAAGUAGCGCCAAAGGGGCCGUUAUCUGUGGCACCACCUGUUUCGUAGGCGGGCUCCUAGCGGGCCCGAUAGGCCUAGCAGUAGGUGGUACGAUUGGAGCCGUCGGUGCAGGCAUGAUGAGCAAGGGAAAGUUCCGUUCGGUCAGUGAAAUCAUCAUGAACGAAAUGAGCGAACGGGAGCGGGAACAACUCAAGGGCCGUAUAUUGAAUGCGUUGUCCGAGUUCCAUCCGACCGACAUGGCAGUGCUGCUACCGCUGAUAAUGGGCAAUGCUCAGGCCCAGCAGGCCAUACUUAGCACCGUGAUAUCGUUUGUGUCGAACGAGAUGCGUAUGCAAAUUGUAGACUGAUAACGGAUAGGGUGAGGUGAAUUUGGGUUUUGUACUGCUGCGAGGGUGCUCUUUUAGUUACGCGAAAAGAUGCUAUUCUAUAGAUAAUGACAAAUGCGGGGUACAGGGUAGCGAUAAGGGAUUUCAAACAUUGGUAGCGAAGUCAAACUUUGGAAGCAACUUGCACAUAAUAUUAAGACGAAAUUCACCUUUUAUUAUAUGAGAUUAAUGUAAGACAUUUUUUAUUCAUGUUGUAGUACUCCUUAGGAUCUUAUUUGAUUGCAAAUAGGUUCCUUCAUUUUUAGGAACGAAACCAAUAAAGAACUGCACUAAACCGUGAA